AUGGGAUCAGAACUCGGGCUUGACGCCAAUUCCAAGGCGGAGCUCAAUCUAACUCCUGUUAGCAUCUGGUGGGUAUGCUGGACUGGAAUUUGGACGGCUGUUGUUGGACUGGGCAUGGUUUUUCUCGUCAUCCAUCGAAAUUCAACACCUCUUCGCCUUCGAGGCAUCGGACUAUCGCUAUCUGCCGUCAUUCUCCUUCAUUUAUACUGGAUAACCGUUCAGUUAGGGCUAUUGAUUGGCCCUUUGGCACCGGGAAACGCUGAGUUCUGGAUCAUGGGGACCCUAUUACCGUGUGGCAUUGCCUUGUUCCAUGCGUCUAAUAGCCGCUUCAUCCAUGUUGCCAACCUUCAGAAGAGAUACACUCGUCCCAACAGCCGUCUUGUCGGAUUACCUUAUGGGAACACCGUAUUCGAACCUAAAGGCAGCAAGGGGCUGGCCGAUCGCUUCCGACGUCUUGACUAUACCACCAAGAGUCUCAUCACCGUGGGCUUUGCAAUGCUCCUCCAGAUCUUCCUUACUACGUUGAUGUAUAUCAUUUCCCGGAAAUGGCACAGUUCCUGGGGCAUUCCUGGCACUGAGAUUCACGGGACUGCAAUGGAGCAGAAAACAGAGAUGGGUCGUGGCUGGGAGUGGUGGCCCGGGGUAUUUUGGCAGUUCUUCUGGUCUUGGAUUGUUGCCCCGGUUGUUCUCUGGAAGUCUCGCGAUAUUCAUGAUACGCAUGGCUGGCGAGUUCAAACAAUUGGCUGUGCUGUUGCGAGGAUAUGCCUAUCAAUCGUUUCUAUCGAGAUAUUUACAGUAUUACUACCUUGCUGGGAGGUUUACCGACACCAGUCUCUUCGCCAGGAGACUCUCGAUUUGAUUGCAGAAUGGGAGUCGAAACCGAAGUCGAACCCUGAUAUCAAGUCAUUGAAAUCGGCUACUGCGACUGUCGAGUCUAUGAUGUCAGGCUCAGUGAAGACAGAUCACUCCGAUGAGAGCGUGAUGACUAUGCCUGCUCUUGAAUAUGUCCUCGAUCGGGAUCCGGCUUCUCUACAGAAUUUCUCAGCGCUACAUGAUUUCUCCGGAGAAAACAUUGCCUUUCUUACAAGUGUCGCCCAGUGGAAAAGCUCCAUACAGGAUCCCUCUGAUGUCGAAGAUGAAGAGGAUCUCAAAGAGAUGCUACAGGAGCGUUUCACUAGCGCUCUAUCCAUUUACGUCGAGUUUGUCAGCCCUCAUGCCGAAUUCCCUAUCAAUCUCUGUUUCCAAGAGCUCGCAAAACUCGAGAAUAUCUUUGAAGAACCCGCUCGUACCAUCUACGGUGAUGAGCCGGAGAUAAACCAGAUUGCUCCUUUUGACAUCCCAAGUUUCUCCAGGCUACCCUCAGCCAUGUCUUCGGACGGUUCUGAGAAAGAGAUUCGGAUAACGUCAUCUGUGCUCCGAGACCGCGUAUGGUAUUGGGGUGACGUUCCCGAGGAAUUUACCAACUGUGGACUUGGUGCAAAUGUAUUCGAUGAAGCAGUGAGGGCAGUCAAAUACCUCGUUCUCACAAAUACGUGGCCCAGGUUUGUGAGAAGUCAAAGUACUACCUCCCGAUUACCAGGUAUCACUGGGAGUGGUUGCGAUGUCGAGCUUGCUCGAGCGCAGCAUGUGAAGUGA